AAAGGAAGCACAUCGGUUUUCGCAUUACGCUUAGCUUUAUUUUAAAUAUUCCUUACGAAACUGUGACACUGAUGUGGCAGUGAGAAAUAAACGAAAAGUGGAAAAAUGUUCAGAAGGAAGUAUCUGAGCGAUGUUGAACUGGAGAGACUCGCUACUUACAAGUACACCGCCAGCCAGACACCAUUGCUCUGUGACAAUGUAAUGCGUAAAUUUUAUAUUUGGUGUAUAAACUACAUACCACUGUGGAUGGCACCAAAUCUUCUCACGUUCACCGGAUUUUUUCUCAACGUCGCCAACUUCUGUCUAACCGCCUACUAUGACUUUGACCUCGACGCUACUUCGCAUCCAAUCGAUGAAUAUCCCAUUCCCAGAUGGGUGUUCCUAGUUGUGUCCAUCAAUUUCUUCCUCGCAUACACAAUAGAUAAUAUCGAUGGCGCUCAGGCGAGAAGAACAGGCUCAGCUUCGCCACUCGGAGAAGUGAUUGAUCAUGGCCUUGAUGUCUACAGCGCAAACUUCAUCAUGGGCUACAUAUUCAGUUUGUUCGGGAGAAUAGAUUUUCCGGUGAUGUGGAUGCAUCUGGUUACGUUCACUAUUUAUCUCAGCUUUUACCUUCCAUUCUUCGCACAAUAUCACACGAAAGUCCUGGCGUUCCCACAGUCGUACCAUAUGGUCAUGUUUGGUUGUACGUUAGCACCACUUGCCGCUUUCAUGUUUGGUCCACAGAUUUACAUCCGCGACAAGAGUGUUCCCAAGCUUUCGGUUCCAACAUACAAAAAAAUCAUUUACAUUUCGUCAGUCUUUGCAAAUUAUCCGAUGGUUGCAUGGAAUAUUUACAAAUCCUAUAGAGACAAGACUGGUCACAUGAGAUCAUUUCAUGAGGCCUUAAAACCUCUAUACACUUUCUUCGGAUUCUUUAUCGUGGCUACAGCCUGGGGCUACUACUCACCGAACAGAAUACUCGAGCUACAUCCAAGAAUAUUUUUCUUGGUCACUGGAACAAUUUUCACCAACUUCUGUACUCGCCUCAUUGUUGCACAAAUGACUAAAACCGCAGUCAAUGGUUGGAACCAUCAACUGACACUCUAUACAGUUGCAGUCAUAGUCUGUGUCGCCCCUUAUCAAAUGAUUGGCCUCCCAAUGCUUCCAAUGUUCGUCGAGAAGUUCAUUCUUCUGGGACUGUUUCUAUUUUCCAAAUUUGUUCACAUUCAUUACGCUUAUGGAAUGAUCAAUGAGCUGUGUGAUUAUCUCGGCAUCAGAUGCUUCACGAUUAAUUCUAAAUCAAAAACGAGAUAGUUGAAAUAUGAACGGCGUAUGUGAGGCCUUUUAUCACUCCCUGUAGCAACGAACGAAAAUUUUUGUAAAGAUUUUUAUCGGGUGCAGAGACUAAGUGAAUUAAAUUAUUACAAUAAAUGAGAAAAA